AUGGACAAGAACCAGAGCCCGCAAACCAAUAGCCUCGGCCCGCGUCACGAUGCCUCGUCUCGCAUCCAGAAACAAGAGUCCGCGGCCGACAGAAUGGCUGCCCUCAAGGCGCGUGUGGCUGCUGCCAUCGAUGGCAGUAAAGCCAAGGGGGGUCUUAAUGUAGGGCUUCAUCCAGCACUGGAGGAUUUGGGACAGUGGAGGCCGUCCCCUCCCACGUCGACCGACCAGAAAUCCGGCACUGCUGCGCCAGCACGGCUCCAGUCCGAACAAUCAAGGCUCUCCACGAACAAAAAGACUCCAGCCCUGCGGAAUGCGCAAGCUGCAGGCCCCGGAGAGAACCCCUAUCUACCCCCAGCGGACGCGAACGCCCCGGCGGGGAAGCAGAGGACGCCCCGCCAGCUCAUCUUUAAUCAGAAGGGCAAAUAUAUACAGCAGGCGAACGCCUUGCGAAGGCAAGCUGCCCUCGAGGCAAUGAAGAAGAGGAUCGCCGAGCAGACAAGGAAGGCAGGUAUAGAUGAGGACCUCGGCGAGAAGAAUUUUGUCGUCGAGGCCCCCCCCGAAAUCGAAUGGUGGGACGAGGCGCUGGUCUCCUCGUAUGACGUCCUGGACGACCCUUCGGCAAUCAGAAUCGGCAACGAGGACAGCAUUGUAACAAAUCUGAUACAACAUCCUGUGGCACUGGAGCCCCCCCAGGAAAAGAACACCCCGGCCCCGAAGCCCAUGUACCUCACGUCCAAAGAACAAGCCAAGCUCCGAAGGCAACGCAGAAUGGCAGAGCUCAAGGAAGAGCAGGCAAAGAUUAGACUAGGCCUUGUACCCGCUCCUCCUCCAAAGGUCAAGAAGGGCAACCUCAUGCGUGUUCUGGGCGAAGAGGCUGUCAAGGACCCAACCGCGGUCGAGGCGAUGGUCAACCAGCAGAUUGCGGAGAGACAUCACAAGCACUUGCAGACUAAUGAGGAGCGGAAGUUGACCAAGGAACAACAACACGAAAAACUCGCAGCAAACCAAGAACAGGAUGCCGCCAAGGGCCUUCACAUCCUGGUGUUCAAGAUUGGAAGCUUAGCCAACGGUCAACACCGCUUCAAGAUCCACAAAAAUGCCGAGCAGUUGGCCCUUACAGGAAUUUGCAUCAUGCAUCCAAAGUUCAACCUGGUCGUGGUAGAGGGUGGGCAAUGGAGUAUCAACAAGUACAAGAAGCUCAUGUGCAAUCGUAUUGACUGGACCGAGAACAUCCCAUCUCGAGAUCUUCAGCCAGCACAACAGAAGCAGUGGCUUAUGGCCGAAGACGAGAACGGCGCUCUCAGGGACAUGACUCUCAAUUACUGCAAGCUGGUCUUUGAAGGCGAGGUCAAGACAAGAGCUUUCAAGCGCUGGACCUCCAAGGUCGCCGAGACGGAUGGCGAAGCGCGCGAUUUUCUUGCUCGAUCGAAGAUGGAGAACUUCUGGUCCCAAGCGAGAAGCAUGGCUUAG